AGGGGGAGGGGAGGGGGGUGCUAUCCCUUCAGUUCUAUCGUUUCAACUCACUGGGGCACUUCAACCCACCGGCGCGCGUUAACACAUUGUUCUAUUUCCAUGGGUGUGAAGGACAGGGAAUCAUACGACACAACCGCCUGCUGCGCGCAGGCAGUGAUAGUCACGGUGAAAAGCUAUGAUCAUGCUCGCUUUUAAUGAUCAGAUAACUCUUGCACGUGCUUUCAUAUCUGGCUGUCUCAGUUCCAAAAUUAAUACAAGAUUACGCUUUGCUCAGACUUAAGUGACUUGAUCAUAAACAAAACUGACAUAGUAUAGUUUUGUCAUCAAUAGUUGCGGACUCCUCGUAAAAUGCAGCUGAAAGGCAUAUUUUUACUCCUGUCUUUAGGAGCGUUCACCUCUUAUUAUGUUUACCAGCCCAUUCCAGACAAGAUAGAGGAGAGAUGGAAACUCAUGUUGACCGACUGCUUCUUCAGAAGUCUCAGCCACCUGGCAGACUUCAGUGAGCUGCUGGGUUUGAAGGACUACAUGGGGGUGAUGAUGUUCAUCACGUUCGCUGAGCGGGUGGUGCCCGUAUCAGACCAACGUGUGCACGUCACAGAGGAGCUGUUUGAUGGGGUGGAGGUGGUGGUGUACCAGCCCAAACUGCAGGGCGGCGACACUGAGCUGAGGAGAGCAGUCAUAUACCUGCAUGGAGGAGGAUGGUGCUUGGGCAGCGCCAGAAUGGGACCGUACGACCUCCUAGCUAGGCAGAUGGUCAUUGAUCUUAACUCUGUGGUCGUGUCUGUAGAGUACCGCCUGGCCCCAGAGCACCACUUCCCUGUCCCAUAUGAGGAUGUGUACCGGGUGGUGAAGCACUUCCUCCAGAGGGUGGUUCUGGCCCAGUACACUGUAGACCCAGGACGUAUCGCUGUGUCCGGGGACAGCGCCGGGGGAAACCUGGCUGCUGCCGUGUCCCAGCAGCUGCAGCAGGAUCCAGAACAGCAUCUGCAGCUGAAGGUCCAGGCCCUGCUCUACCCUGUGCUGCAGGCUCUGGACCUCAAUACCCCGUCCUACCAGCAGAACCAGAAUAUGCCUAUCCUACCCCGUACCCUAAUGGUGCGCUUCUGGAGCGAGUACUUCACCAGUGACAAGACCUUCUUCAGGGCCAUGAUGACCAACACUCACAACAGCCCAGAGUCCGCUGCUCUGCUCAAAUUUGUCAACUGGAGUGCCUUCCUGCCAGAGUCCUACCGGGGCAAGUAUAACUACAGCGCUCCGGUCGUGGCGUUGUCAGCUGGAGGGGCAGGGUCGGACGGGCCAUCGCGCUCCAUCGCUGACCCCCGGGCCUCGCCCCUUCUGGUCCCAGACGCUGCUUUACGCUCGCUACCCAAGGCCUACGUUCUGACGUGUGAGUACGACGUGCUGCGGGACGACGGGGUGAUGUAUGCCGCGCGCCUGCGCCGCGCGGGUGUGGAGGUGACACACGAACACUACGCCAGUGGUUUCCACGGCGCCCUCAUGUUCACGGUGUGGCCAACCGACUUCCUGAUUGGACGCACGAUGACGGAAAACUUCAUCAAAUGGCUGCAGCUUAACUUGUAGAAAACAGAAGAAAAGUUACGAUCUUUCAAUGUUCAUUCCUGUUUCCCCUAGCAACUCAAUAGCCGUUGUUUAGGUGCUGCUUAGAUUUUUGUCUGUUUGGUUGUUUAUUCAGUGACAGACAGUGUUUUUGUUUAUGCUUGCAAACUGAGGGGUUUUCCUCUCUAUGGCACUGUGUCCCAACGACAAUACCAGAUACCAGUCAAAAACAGGUUUGUCUGGAUUUUCUAAUCACCAAGGCAACCAAUGAGGCAGAACAUGAGGCUAAGCAACUGAUAGCAGAUACAAGACAUUUGAUUGACAUUUGAUUUCUGACACAUCCAUCUGAUACCGCAGCUGAUUCUCAUCACAUUUCAAAGUGUUUAAGGUUAAGUUUUGUCAUUAACUUCCUGGUGGCGUGAUGCUUGCAACACCCGGGUUGUGUGUUUGAAUCCUAUGGGGGACCAGUAUUAAAAUGUAUGUGUUCAUUACUUCAUUACUGUUUAUUACUUAACUGUAAGUUGCUCUGGAUAAAAACAUCUGCUAAAAUAAUAGAACAUAUAACAUUUAAAAAAUGUACAUCUUAAGGUCGUUGACUCCUAAGGUUUAGGCUUAAAACGAAACUCUCAAAAACAACUAUCUAUCACUGGAUUCAAAGUUGCAACCUUUGGAAUCAGAAGCAGAUGCCUGUGCCCAUCUGCAGUCCCUGUCCACCUGUGCCCAUCUGCAGUCCCUGUCCACAACACUCGAGCAAAACUGAAACCUACUUGAAGGUAACAGUGCUCAAUGUUGGCCCUAGUGGCCAGUGUCCGGUUUCCACGAAUACUGACUUGUAGUAUCACUUGUUAUUUAGUUGUGUAAAGUACUUCAGUAAAAAUGCUCUAAAGUACUAUCUAAGUAGUUUUUUUCACAACUUUUACUUUUACUUCACUACAUUCCUAAGGAAAAUAAUGUGCUUUUUACUGCAUACAUUUUCCCUGACACCCAAAAGUACUCAUUACAUUUAGAAUGACUAGCAAGACAGGAAAAUGGUCCAAUUCACCCACUUAUCAAGAGAACAUCCCUGGUCAUCCCUACUGCUUCUGAUCUGGCGUAUUCACUUAAACACAAAUGCAUUGUUUGUAAAUGACGUCUGAGUAUUGGAUUGGUCCCCUGGCUAUCCAUAAAAUAAAUAAAAUGACAAGAAAAUUGUGUGUUUACUUUGCUUAAUAAAAUAGUGAAAAAGACUAAAAGCAUUU